CUUUGAAUGUUGUCGGAGGUUUUUUUUUUGAGCGCCAGAGCAGAAGUGUGUGAAGAGAGAGAGAGACGACACGGUGACAACUCACAGACCGGACCGGAGGGUGAACAACAAGCGGAUACACCGGAGAGGGAGAGGCGGGAAGCUACACACCGGGAUUCGAUUACAGCUGCAGAGGACUUCUCUCUGCAAACAUGGCUUCACACAGCCUGAACGGCAUCAGGCGGGAUGAAAAGGGCAGAAACAUCCAGGUGGUCGUCAGAUGCAGGCCUUUCAACACGAUGGAGCGCAAGUCGUCCUAUGGGGUCAUCGAGUGCGACUCCAACAGGAAGGAGGUGACGGUGAAGACGGGCGGCGUGAACGACAAGGCGUCGCGGAAGACCUACACGUUCGACAUGGUUUUCGGUCCGGCCGCGAAGCAGAUCGAAGUGUACCGGAGCGUCGUCUGUCCCAUCCUGGACGAAGUCAUCAUGGGAUACAACUGCACCGUCUUUGCUUACGGUCAGACGGGAACAGGGAAGACGUUCACCAUGGAAGGAGAGAGGAGUCCGGACGAGCAGUUCACCUGGGAGGAGGACCCUCUGGCCGGCAUCAUCCCCCGAACGCUGCACCAGAUCUUCGAGAAGCUCUCAGAGAACGGCACCGAGUUCUCCGUCAAAGUUUCCCUGCUGGAGAUCUACAACGAGGAGCUGUUCGACCUGCUCAGCCCCAGCGAGGACGUCACGGAGCGGCUGCAGCUCUUCGACGAUCCGCGCAACAAGCGAGGCGUGGUGGUGAAAGGUCUCGAGGAGGUGACGGUUCACAACAAAGACGAAGUUUAUCAGAUCCUGGAGAGAGGAUCAGCCAAGAGGAGGACUGCCUCCACGCUCAUGAACGCCUACUCCAGUCGCUCCCACUCGGUGUUCUCGGUCACCAUCCACAUGAAGGAGAUCACUCUGGAUGGAGAGGAGCUGGUGAAGAUCGGCAAACUCAACCUGGUCGAUCUCGCCGGCAGCGAGAACAUCGGGCGCUCGGGCGCGGUGGACAAGCGAGCUCGCGAGGCGGGAAACAUCAACCAGUCGCUGCUGACGCUGGGCAGAGUGAUCACCGCUCUGGUGGAGAAACGACCUCACGUCCCGUACAGAGAGUCGAAGCUGACCAGAAUCCUUCAGGACUCGCUGGGAGGACGGACAAAGACCUCCAUCAUUGCCACCGUGUCGCCGUCGUCCAGCAACCUGGAGGAGACUCUGAGCACGCUGGAGUACGCCAGCAGAGCCAAAAACAUCAUGAACAAACCCGAAGUCAACCAGAAGCUCACCAAGAGGACGCUCAUCAAGGAAUACACCGAGGAGAUCGAGCGUCUGAAGCGCGACCUCGCCGCCGCGCGAGACAAGAACGGAGUUUAUCUGUCUACGGAAAACUACGAGAGCAUGAUGAGUCGGAUCUCGUCUCAUGAGGAGCAUUCAGCCGAGUACACCGACCGGAUCGCUGCCAUGGAGGAGGAGCUGAAGAAGGUGACCGAGCUGUUUGUGGACAGUAAGUCCAAACUGGAGCAGUGCUCUGUGGACCUGGACGAGAAGCAGCAGAGGCUCGAGGAAACGAGUCAGGACCUUCAGGUGACCCGAGUGAAGCUGAGUCAGGAGGAGUUCAUCAGCUCGGAGCUCAGCUCGGUCCAGGAGCGCCUGUACGGCACCGCAGGAAAGCUGCUGAGCACUGUGGACGCCACCGUAAGUGACGUGUCGGGCCUGCACGACAAGCUGGACCGCAAGAAGAAGGUGGAGCAGCACAACAGUGAGAUCCAGCAGAGUUUCUCUGAGCGGAUGGAGGCGGCGUUCAGCGACAUGCAGCGCUGCGUUCAACAGCACAGAGCCAAACACGGCGACAUGCUGAGCAGCUACUCGCACGCCAUCGGCGGUUUGAUCGUGACGAACGAGGCGGCGCUGAACGGAGCUCUGACCACCGUCGAGUCCUUCGUGGGCGGAGUCGGGCAGCUGGUGGCCGAGGGCGUCGGUCGCUGUCAGGACAGAGUUCGACAGCAGGAGGCGCUGUGCCUGCAGGACAAGGAGAGCGUACUGCAGCUGCUGGAGGAGCACCAACAGGACAUGGAGGAGGUGCUGCUGGGUCGGACUCUGAUGGGUCUGUCGGCGGUGAAGGAGCUCAGCGACAGUCUGAGGGCGACCGUGGAGACGCAGCGAGCGCUGGCCGACAAGGUGGAGGCGAUGAAGGAGGUGGGCGUGUUCUUCAGCGGCCUGGUUCAGGAGCUGGCGGGUCUGCGGGAGGCCGCCGUGCUGGGCCUGAGCUCGCUGCAGGCCGAACACGACAAGCUGGAGGACGAGAUCAGACGGGCGCAGGAGAGACACCAGACGGGUAUGAAGCAGACCAUCCAGUGCCUGCAGGACCAGCUCAACCUGCUGAGCAUGGAGGCCCAGCAGGACUACGCUGAGCUGAGGUCCGCCUCCAGAUCUCUGCAGAACCCUCUCCAGCACCUGACGGAGAACAUCAGCAGCGGUUGCAGCGCGGUCGAGCGUCAGGCCUCGGCCCAGGCUGACCUCCUCUCCUCCACCUCCUCCGCCCUCGCCUCCUCUCUGCGGCUGACCGCCGACGAGAGCCACCAGGCGCUCGAAGAGAUGACGGGCUGCUGCUCGCACCUCCACAGCUCCGUGUCCGGUCUGGUCCAACGGGACCUCCAGUGGAGCUCCAGAACCAGGGAGCACGCGGAGACUCAAGCCCAGGAACACCUCUCUCUGUUGGGGAUGACUGCCACUGAAGCUCAGACCCUCCACCAGAGCGUCGAGCGGCACCGCACUGAGCAGCUGCGAGCAGCCGAGGAGGAGCUGUCUGCUCGGCGAGAGGAGGCGAAGUGGGCUCUAACGGUCGUACAGAACCAGACCUCCAAGGACCGGACGGCCCUGGACGAGCAGCGAGCCGAGCUCCAGGACCGCAUCGAGACGGGCCAACAGCUGGUCGACGGCUUCCUGCAGGAAGAGCUGCAGCAGGACGUUCCCACCGGUGCAACCCCUCAGCGUCGGGAGUUUGUGUAUCCAAGGCAACUGUCGAAGUCGCGGAGCCGCUCCGAGCUGCUGGAGAGCCUGAGGAGGCAGCAGGAGGAGCUGCAGGCCGCCAUGGAGGAGCAGGAAGAGCUGGAGGAGGAGGAGGAGGAGGAGGAGGAGAAACACAGCCAGGUUGACCACGACUCUCUGGAGGACGAGCCGAGCACCUGUAACGAAAGCGUGGCCACCGAGCCGUCCUUCAUCGACGAGAACCUCGUCUUCAACGAGAGCAAACGAGUUCCCUUCUUCAAGCAGAAGAAAGGCGGGAAGAAGGAGUCCAGGAUUCCCGCCCGGUCCAAAGCGGCGGAGAACGACGCGUCAUCCACGCCGCAGAAAUCCAGACUGCCGCUCCGCUGUCAGAACUGAACCGGUCUGAACCGGUCCGGACGUGUUUUAUCUUUUAAUCUGUUGUUUCUGUUUGUCGUACGUGUUAAUCGCUGUGUCUCUAAACGAACUGUCUCCAUGUUUUCAAGUCGUUUUUAAGAUUAAAGAGAUUUAUACUUGUUUUGUA